ACGGCAUCGAGGGAGGGAGGCAGGUGCGCACGCUCUCUCCACGCACGGGGUGUCUCACAGGCAAAGAGAUAAACACAAAAAAAAACGUCGACUCGGAAACGUUGCUGUGAGAGAACGUUCCCAAGAGCUCUGGCUUAAAGCAGCUGAUAUAUAAGUGAUCCCAGAUGUGGGGAUAAGUGACUCAACAACCAUAAACCUUAGAUGGAUAUUUUUUAAGGAUUUAUAUGCGUCGUUUAGGAGUUUCUGAGAGAAAUAUUCCGUCACAAAAGUUCCCGUUCUUGAAGGAGAACCUGAUCUGAAGUGGAUCCAGUGAACAACAUUCUUCCUCCGUGAACAUCAGAAUCUCCUUUUAUGUCAAACGAAACAACAGAACAAGGAUCUUGACUAUUUAAAGCAGGAGACAAAGAAAACGAGGAAUUACGUCACAAAAAGGCUGUAAUGGUCACAAGGACAAGAUGACAGUCAAACUCCUGCAGGCGCUGACGGUCCUGCUCGCCCUCCUAAGCACGGCGAUUUGCACGGACCAGGUACGACAGCAUCCAGCGGAGAUGAAGCCACGGGAAGUUCACUCGCUCAACACGGAUGCCACUUCCACCGGCUGGAUCAGAUGGUCAGCUGCCGAGGCUUGAACACGUCGCAGCUGACGGAGGCGCUGACGGAGUACGGAGAGCGGGUGAAGCAAGCUGAGGUUUCUCUCGAGGGGAACGGAACCAGGGAUGAGUCAGAUGCCGCCGUGCCCUCCCCGCACCUUCGGGAACUGUCCCUGUUCUACUGCCGGAUCCCCAAGCUGACGCAGCAAGCCCUAGGACCUCCUGACGGCGGUUCGCUGGAGAUCAUCAGCAUCGUCAGCUCAGGCGUGGAAGAGAUCCUACCCGAUGCCCUGGCAACCUCCUCGGGGGCGUGCCGCGGGCGGUGGCCAACCUGACGAGGCUGGAGGUGCUGGAUCUCCGCCAUAACCGAAUUAAUCACCUCCCUGAGGGAACGCUGCUCUUCAACCUUCAUCGCCUUCGUCAGCUGCAUCUCGAUCACAAUCUGCUUGGGCAGAUCGCUAAUGCUCAGGCGCGUCUGGGCACCUCCUCCUCGGGGCUGAGUCUGAGCGUGUUCAACCUGGAGCCCUUGAGAACCUCCCUCAGGCACCUGACCCUCGCCCACAACGCCAUCAGCGCCUUCCCCGAGCAGUUCUCGAGGCCCUUCGACAGGCUCACGAGCCUGGACCUUUCGUCGAACAGGAUUUCGAAAGUCCUUCGAGGGGCCUUCGUCAGGAUGCCUCGCCUCCAGUUCCUUGACCUGAGUGACAACCUCCUUUAUGCCUUCGACCCCAGGAACCUCUCCAGCUCGCUGCUUGAUCUCAAUCUCGCUGGCAACCCUUGGUCUUGUGACUGCGACUCCUUGUGGCUUCUGAAGAAACUAGACGGCAGUUCCUCACCAGCGGUCACGUCGCCUGCGUGCGCCUCGCCGCUCCACCUCCGCCACAGGCCCGUGACGUCACUCAAAGAGGCGGACGUGUGCCCGGCGGAGGAGACGGACAACCACAGCCGGGUGGUGUACGUGGGCGACGACGUGGACGGGGAGCUGGCCCACGCCCUGGACGCGCUCCACCUCCUCAACGUGACGGCCCUGAACCACCAGGCGCUCCUCGUCUCCUGGAGGGUCGAGGCGCAGUUUUACGCCUCCGCUCGCAGGGACCCUGACUCUGCGCCCCUCUCGUGGGCCAUCACCCUCCGCCAGGCCGACGAGGACCCGCGGCUGGCGGGCCCCACCAAGAUGCGGCUCGAGAGGUACAAGGCCGAGAGGGCCGACUGGGUCCCCGGCGAGUCGCUCUUCACGGAGGUCCUCCACGGGCUGCAGGAGGACACGCGCUACACCUUCUGCCUCACGCCCAUCCAGGACCACCGCCUCUUCACGCGGCCCGACCACUGCCUCAACGCCAAGACGCUUACCAGAGCUCAGCUGCGCGCCUCAGGUCGUGCCGUUCGUGACCGCCGAGGAUUACGUCGCAGAGACAGAGAGGGUGGUCAUCGCACGUGAGGCGCGGCGGGUCAGCAUGUCCUGGAACGUCACGAUCCAAGCCAGGGGCCUCCUGCAGGGAAAGCGAGAGGCCAUGGUGCUCCGUCCGCUCGGCUGGAAGAUCCUGUACCGCCGCUUCGGGGACGAGAACGAGACGGAGGUGGUGCUGGUGAGCCGCGGCGGGGAGCCCGUGCAGAACUUCACCAACCACUACACUGUGGAGGGGCUGGAUCCUGGCACUGCCUACGUGUUCUGCUUCAACUCCCUCACAGACUUACAGGUCGCAGAGUCUCUUAAAACUGACGGAGAGACCGCGGCGAAGGACAUGACCUCUGAGGCGCUGCCCCAUCAACAUGUGCCUCGCGACCCCGACGUCCUAAGGACAGCUGCAAGAGGUCGCAGCGUACAGUCUGGCGCUGAAUCUCAAGUGGUAGGUGGUAAAAAUCCUGCCGGAGCUCUUCCUCCCCCGCCUUCGCCCCCCAGAGCACCAGCGAAUGAAGACUCUCUGAGAUUCACGCCGCCUUCCCCCCCAAAUGCGCCGCCGCUGCCGACCCCGCAGCGCCCAGGCACCAGCUCCUUCCCGUCCAACUUCCCCCCCGUGCCUGCCCUUCCCCCGCACCCCAGCAACCGGCCCCCUCGCCCUCCCGCCCCUGAGCCCGGCACCACCUUCGUGUACACGAGCACGGGGCAGAGGAUCGCCGUGCCUCUCUCUUCGGGCUCGCCCUUCAACCUGCCGACGGUGGUGAACCCCAACUUCAGCCCCAGGAACGUUCCUCCGCCGCCGAUCCCAUCCCUGCCGCCCACGACGCCGCGUCAGAGGUUCAUAUACGAGUUCAACGAAGAGGAACGGCCGUCGGAGCAGUCCUUCACGUACGACUUCACGACUGAGAGCACGACCACCACAGAAAAGCCGGAGGGACAGAGGUUCACGUACGUCACGCGGCGUAGGAGGUCCGUGGCGGAGGAGGAAUCUAACACUUCCUACAUGAAGCUGCUGGAGUCGGGCGUGACGCAGUAUUGUGAGGAGGUCGUCACUCUGAGAGACGAUGACGUCAUCACGCCCGUGGCCAUUGCCACCACUGUGUCCACUUCCACCACCGUCGUCGUGGCCAUCCUGCGUCGCAAGAAGCCCAGCUGGAAGGAGCGAGCCGCCGCCAACACUCGCAAAAUCAGCACGAUCUCCUCGCCGACGCCCGUCUCCGUGUACUCCCGCAGCAACUCCGUGGCCAACGGCGUCGUGAAUGGGGAGGGCAGGUCGGGAGGCCUCAAGAGCGCCCCCGCGCCCAUUUCUCCGAGGAAGGGUCUGGAAGGUCUCAACGGCUUUCAGGGGAAAACAGCUCGGUCUGUGUCGGUCACCUCGAGCUCCGGCUACCUCACGCCCCUCCCGGGACAGGGAAAUAAUCCCCAGGACCCCGAGGCUAUGUUCAGCGAAGCCAAAUCUUACCUGCCGAGCCAGAAAGCCUACCUCAAUUCCGUGAAGGACCGCUUGCUGCAGCAACACAAAGACUUACAGGACUUCCACCCCGGCUACGACAUUCCCCCGACAUCCUCCUCCAAGGCCUUCUUGGGUUACGACUACCCUCACCCAACGCCCGUGAACCCCAUCGGGAGCCAGAGCGACGGUCGCGCCAAGUCGGGAGGAGUGAGGUCUCUGCCGACGCCGUCGCCCUCCAGCAGCGACUCCAACUACAACGCUUCAAUCGGCAGCGGCGUCGACCCUCCCCGACCCCACGUCAAUCUUAACAUCCCCCUUAAGCAGGCCAAGAGCUCAGACAUCAACAAAAGCCUCGACUUUAACUCCAGCGCCGAGACGAGUCAAAGUCUCGACUACAACUACAUUGCCCCGGAAGACGUGACCAGCAGACCCCGCACCUUCGUCAAGCAUGUCCCGGGGAAAUCCAACCACCGCAGGUUUGGUUACCCGCAGCGAGUGCACGAGGACCAAACGACCCAACAGAGAACCCCAUACGACUCAGCGAAUGCGUGCACGAUCCAGCACAGUCGCUCAGUGCCAGAUCUAGUGAAUGCUGAAAGCGAGUCGGCUCAUUUACCUGCGGCAACGCGACUCAACCUUCUGAUCAGCAGUCAGACUGAGAGCAACCCUUCAGCGCCUCCCAGAGACGGCCAGCCCUCGGCCCAGCCCUCGUCCUUGCCUCCCAGCUACGACCCCAACGUGAUGGCGGAGGUCAACGGUUACGUCAACGUCCCUCUGCCACAGGGGGAGGACAGGAACAAGGACCGCGACGUCUACCACACCUGGGGCAGCUCCAGCCAGGGCAAGUCCCGGAGUCGUCCCAGUCUCGGGGAUAUUGUCCUCACAGGCGGAACCCUGAUCGAAGUUCCCGAAGGAUACGUGAUACCGAAACCUCCCAAACCCACGAGAACGGUGAGGUUGCUCGUUCCUGGCGAGGAGAAGGCUGGGCGGACGGAACACCCGGCGAAGGAGACGUCCGCAGGGGAGGAACAAACGGGGAAAGCUCUCCCUCCUCCUCCUCUGCCGACGAAGGGGUCCCUGCAGGAGGAGAAGAAGGGGAAGAAGAUCACCCUUCCCCCUCUCUCCUUGUCUGCCGAGUCCGACACUUCGUCCAAAGAGGAAGAAAACGUAAGUCAGAUCACGCACCUGGUCACACCCGAGCUGCAACCUGAACAUGUGGUCGUGAGCACCGGUCUGGCCGUCUAGUUAGUGUGGUCGUUAGUGUGACCAAGGAUUAGCCGGAGUUGCGUCAUGCACAACCCGAAAGACGUUUAUUCAGAACAUGUGGCAAAGGAGUAUCUUAUAUGCCCCAGUCUUUUAUAGUGAAGUUGUGUUGUAACGGGUAUUCUGUGAUUGAAUUUUGAGAGUUGGAUUGUUAAGCACAGUACGAAGAAGGGAGUGCCACCUCGAG